AUGCGUGUGUUAACAGGAUCGCGUCUACACAUGGUCUUAACUCAAAAAGAAAAACGCAACCAGACGCGAUGGAUGUUUAAACCGUAUCCAAACGCAACUACAACUGGUGAACCUACUCAAGAUGAACCAUCGUCCAAAGAUUAUGAGCAAGCCGAUCAAUUGUUUUUGUUGUUUAAUCAACUGUUAACUUCUGCAGAAAUACUAGCCGAUCAUAUUGUAACAUUGGAUUUUGAUGAAUAUGACGAUUGUAGUGCUGAUUACCAGGAAGAAGAUGACAAUGCUGUUGCAUUGAAUGUUGAUGACAUAAAAUAUUCUUGUGAUACAAUGUGUGCCAUUGUCGAGUUUUCAAAAACACACACCUUCCCUACAUUAACAACUGCGUCGAAUAAAGCAAUAUGUUAA